AUCCCCGACUCCGAAUUCUGAUAUGUGUUAGAAUGCCUUGCUUGUUAACGCCCUUGUUGACCCUUUCUCCUAUACGUCACCGUUUCAAAGUUUCCAAAUUCAGUAUUCAACUCAAUCUCUAUCUAUCUCUCUGGGACCCUGUCCUUAAUUACGACACACUAUCACCAUUAACCUCUCCACUUUCCUUAUUUCAAUUUUCAAUUCAAUCAAUUUCAUCAUUAUUUUCACUAACAAACAAUUCCACUUUAAUUUUGACUAUUUGUUUAAUCAUUCAUUCAUUCACUUUGUCACCGACUAGGGUUAUACAUUAGGGGUUUCCGUCUAUGACGCGGGUUUUCCGUGUUUUUGUAUUCAAUGUCAAAUUCAAUCAAAUGGGUUUUAUAAAGUUUCAAACUUUAUAUAAAUAAAGAAACUAGUCACUUAAUUUCACUUCUUGGGUGUUCUUCAGUUUUUGUGCUAUUGUUAUGGAUAUAACAGAAGUUUCAAUCUUGCAUCAUGUUGGAAUCGUCUUACUUUGUCUCUGGUUGCUUUCUACAUUCAAUUGUUGCUAUGUUGUGUUUUACUUUGUGGCUUUGAUCUAUCUUUAUCAUGUUCAUGAACGUUAUGUUACAAGGUUAAGGAAGAAGUUGCAGUUUGAAGAGAGGAAACAAUCUAAUCAAAGAAGGGUGCUUUCUGAUUCUGAAUCAGUUCGGUGGUUGAACCAUGCAGUUGAGAACAUAUGGCCUAUAUGUAUGGAACAGAUUGCAUCUCAAAAGAUUUUACUCCCUAUCAUACCUUGGUUCUUAGAGAAGUACAAACCUUGGACUGCUAAAGAAGCUAUUGUUCAGCACCUAUACUUGGGAAGAAAUCCACCUUUGAUUACUGAUAUGAGGGUACUUCGCCAGACUGAUGAUGACCACUUGGUUCUGGAGUUAGGAAUGAAUUUUCUCACGGCUGAUGAUAUGAGUGCAAUACUUGCUGUAAAACUAAGAAAAAGAUUGGGCUUCGGGAUGACAGCUAAGCUGCAUAUAACGGGAAUGCAUGUUGAAGGGAAGGUCUUGGUAGGGGUAAAGUUUCUCAAGACAUGGCCAUUUCUUAGUCGUUUGCGUGUAUGCUUUGUUGAGCCUCCAUAUUUUCAGAUGACUGUCAAACCUAUUUUUACUCAUGGGCUUGAUGUGACAGAACUUCCAGGAAUUGCUGGCUGGCUUGAUAAGCUUCUGUCCAUUGCUUUUGAACAGACCCUUGUUGAGCCCAAUAUGCUGGUUGUUGAUGUUGAGAAAUUUGUAUCACCAGAACAAGAGCCUUGGUUUAAAGUGGAUGAGAAGGACCCUGUCGCUUAUGCAAAAAUAGAAAUUGUCGAGGCAGCUGACAUGAAACCAUCAGAUCUAAAUGGAUUUGCUGAUCCUUACAUCAAAGGUCAUUUGGGUGGAUAUAGAUUCAGGACAAAGAUACAAAAGAAAACACUUGCUCCAAAAUGGCAAGAGGAAUUUAGAAUUCCCAUCAUAACAUGGGAUUCUAACAAUGUGCUUGUUAUUGAAGUUCGUGACAAGGACCGUUUCUAUGACGAUAUUCUUGGGGACUGUUCUUUGAACAUCAAUGAUUUUAGGGAUGGGCAAAAAUAUGAUAAGUGGCUGCCACUACAGAAUGUAAAAAUGGGGAGGUUGCAUUUGCGAAUAACAGUUUUUGAAGAUAAGGAAAAGGAAGCUGAUACUACAUGCGAGCCGGAAACGAUAGACUUUGAGGAAAAAAAAGAUUCUUUUGUAAAUGAGACCACCAACAAAGGUUCUUUCUCAUCCGUUUCGUCUGAAAAAUCACCAAAAGUAGCAGACAACUUUGAGCCUAUCAAUAUUGAAGGGCAACAGGAGACCGGAGUUUGGGUCCACCACCCAGGAAAUGAAGUUUGCCAAACUUGGGAGCCAAGAAAAGGGAAGAAUCGACGCCUCGACACAGAAAUUCGCGGGGAGCCUAAUGAUAUAUCUGACAACUGUAAUAAUUCAACUGUAUCUGGAUCCUUGAACAAUGACAGUAGCAGUCCUGAUGAUAAUGCCGAAGAUAAGCAUCGAAUGAAAACAGUUAGGAAAGGCCUGCAUAAAAUCGGUUCCGUAUUUCGUAGGAGUCAGAAAAAGUAUGACAGAUCGGAUUCUAUCCCUGAAGACGUUCCAUCUCCACAUGAUAAUAUUAGGUCAGUAAAUGCUUCUAAAGGGGUCGGUGUGAAGUUUGUUAUGGAUGAUAGUAUUGGUGGCUUUCCGAUUGGUAAGAUUCAGGUAGACGGUGGGUCACCGGAAUGGAGCGGUAGCGGUCCUGAUAGCCCAGCAAAGAGAGACGUCAAGGACAUGGCAAAGAAUAUUUAUAAACACGCUGAAAAAUCUGCUCGUAGCUUAAAACAUGUUCUUUCUCGUAAAACAAGGAAAUCUAAAAGUGAUUCAGCAGCUGCAGUUGAAGAAAUAGACAAUGAAUCUGACUCUUCUGAUGAUGAAUCAUCUCUUUCAGUUCAGUCGCCGAUAGAUGAAAGAACUCCAGUUUAUUCACAGGCUAUUCCUCCAAGUAACAUUAGUUCCCCAAAAUCCAAUUUGAACCCCCAGGUUAUUGCUCGAAGUAACAUUGGUUCUCCAAAAUCCAAUUUGAACGAGGUUUAUAAUGCUCCAUCUAACAUCAAGCCUGAAAAUGCAUGGUCCCCUGAAAGAUCUGUUGAAGAAGUUAAGUCUGGUGAAGAUGAACUUGUUAAAGAGGAAAUUGUGGCAGAUAAAAAGGUUGUUGUUAGCAGUAUUGCUGAGUGAAGAAUAUCUUAGCAAGUAAAUGGUGACAUUAUAUAGCUACAAAGCAGUGACACGGACACUCUUGUUGUAUGUUCUGUUAUAUUCUGGUCACAUGUAGAGGAGUUUUUGUUGUAUAGUGAUACGUCUUGUUUUCAUAAACACGUGUUGGUGCUGUACUUUUGAGCUAAGAGGCUUGUAAUGUACAUAGUUUUUACAUAUACAAGAGACAACAAAAAGUUAAAAGAAA